AUGCUGCAUCCAAUUCUUGACCUCAGCAACUUCAAUAUCGUCGUCUCUGUUAUAGCGUUUUAUAUUCUCAUUUUCGGAUAUGUUUCGCUCAGAAUCAAGCAGAGGUGGUACCUCGGGGAAGCCUUACCAGCCUUUUUAAUUGGUGUCUCGCUAGGGCCGAUCGGCGCUAGGUUUCUGAACAUAUCUCAGUGGGGAGGAGGGGAUGACGAUUACCGCAGUGACAUCGCAUUUAACCUGACACGCCUAGUGAUAGGCAUACAGUUGGUAAAAGCUGGAUAUCAAUUGCCCAAGAGAUACAUAAGACAGCGUCUCUGCGAACUGGCUAUAUGUCUUCUUCCACUCAUGACUAUAGCAUGGUUUGCAACAUCUGCAUGUAUCUUGCUUGCGAUUCCUAGUAUAUCCUUUCUUUCAGCUCUUAUUAUAAGCGCUUGCGUGACUUGCACGGAUCCUGUUCUAUCUCAAGCCAUUGCAAAAGGUCCCUUUGCAGACAACUAUGUUCGGCGACCACUUCGAGAGUUUAUUUCGGCCGAGGCAGGGGCAAAUGAUGGCUUUGGUUUCCCAUUUCUGCUGCUUGCGCUUUCCUUGUUGCGUUACGCAGAAGCGCCUGAAAACACCGCUAGCCUGGAGGACUUCGAUCUGGAGCGAGGCAUCCCCGAUUCACUCGGCGCAACGAGCGCAGGGCGCUUCGGUGGAGGAGUCGGCCCUGCGUUAAAACAUUGGGCCGUGGAGGGAGUCCUGUACAUGAUUUUCCUGGGUGCCUCCUACGGCGCCUUUGUCGGCUUCACUUGCCAGAAGCUACUCAAGGGCGCAUCCAAGCGAAGAUGGAUCGAUAAUGAAAGCUUUACUCUGGUCCCUGUGGCAAUUGGCAUGCUCAUUGUUGGGACGUGCGGCUGUUUUGGAUCCGAUGAAACACUUGCCUGCUUCAUAGCUGGGAGUGUGCUCAACUGGGAUGGCCUUUACCAGGCUGAGAUGCAGGCCCGGCAUGACUCUUUCAAUUCGACAAUCGAGACUUUGCUGAACACUGCAGCUUUCAUGUAUCUUGGUGCAGUCAUGCCAUGGGACCAGUUUCAUAGACCCCAUGACACUGGGAUCUCCAUCUGGCGCUUACUUGGACUAGGCUUUUUAAUCCUUAUCUUUCGUCGCAUUCCCGCCAUUAUAGCAGGAUACAAGUUCAUGCCCAAGGUCUGCAGUGAUUGGAAAGAAGCGUUGUUUUUGGGUUACUUUGGACCGAUCGGCAUCGGUGCUAUCGCAUAUGUGGAGUAUGCUCGCCGCCUCUUUCCCUCCCCAGGCGAAAGUGACACUGAGAUUAACAAUCUGACCGCCGCCAUGACACCAGUUGUCUAUUGGUUGGUGCUGUUCUCCAUCGUUGUCCAUGGACUGUCGGUACCUGCGCUUGAUGCGCUCUACAGGUUUUUCGGCGUGUGCAAGAUCCGUGACCAUCCGGUGGCGAUUGCUCUGCUCUCAGAUAAUGAAGCCCUCCCCAAUAAUUGCUCAGUUGAUCCUCAGCGGCAUUCGAUGAUUGUCAACAACCGCUUCUCGCGGCCGUCUGACAGCGACACUGACGGGCAAAAUGGCCAAGUACGGAAAGAAUCAGGAACGAUGACUCGGCUAAGCGAGGAUAGUCCGCUCAAUGCGAGCAAUGAGCAUUUGGAUAUCCCCUUAUUUAGCCACCGAGCAGGAGGCUCAGCCACCGUUCGGGCUAUUGUCUGA